CGAUUUUAGAUAACGAUGCGCUCUUUAAAUCAAACUUUGGAUCGAUCAAAGUUUUAAAUGAUAAGGGAGCUUGGGCUUUUUAUAAAGAAUUUUUUUUGUAUGCCUGUUACUUUUAGACUGGAUCUUUGUGGUGACAGUUAAAGCGCGAGCAAUAUAAGAUGGCUUUUACUUUGGAAGUUGGUCCUCUUACUGACGAGGUGAAAGAGUUUGCGAAGGUGGACAUACGUGAAACACCCGAAAAUGUAGCACAAGGGCUUAAGGAAUUAAAAGAGUUGUUACAAAACGAUCCCACCCUUAACUUCAGUACUGAUGACGAGUUCUUGUUAAUUUUCUUAAGACCGUGCAAAUUCUACGCUAAAAGCGCCUAUGAGUUGAUGAAACGAAUUGCCGACUUUAAACAGAAGCACAAAGAUCUGAUUGGAAACCUUAUGCCAGAAGAUGAGAAGGCCGGAUUUAUUAACAAUAACGUCGUGAACGUGCUGAAAAAUCGCGACCAUAAAGGGCGACGUGUUCUUAUCCAGAACUGCGGAUCUCUGUGGGAUACAUCAAAGGUCUCAGCAGAUAACGUUUUCCGUAUGCUGUACCUAAUGCACGAAGCAGCUUGUUUGGAACCAGAAACACAAGUACGUGGUGGCGUCGUUAUUUUAGAUUUUGAUGGCCUGAGUACUAAACAAGUAAUGGCGUUCACUCCCGCUAUUAGUAUGCGACUUUUGACCUUCAUUCAAGAUGCUAUGCCACUUAGACUUAAAGAGGUUCAUAUUGUCAAGCAACCCUUCAUUUUCAACAUGGUGUGGACUAUUUUCAAGCCCUUCAUCAAGGAGAAACUAAAGGGACGACUAUUCUUCCACGGAAGCAAAAUGAGCUCGUUACACAAACAUUUAGAACCAUCAUGUUUGCCGAAGAACUACGGUGGUGAUCUACCGGAAAUGGACUAUACGGGCGCCGAUUGGUAUCCAGCAAUCGAGAACCAUUUAGAUCAUAUGAGGCUGAUGAAUAGCUGUGGAUUGGCGAAGAAAUGAGCGUAGAACUUAACACAAUAUGACUAUUGUUUAGUACUGACUUAUUUUUGUAUACUCGCAUAAGUAAAUUAUAUUAUUUAAAUUUGA